CCGCCCGCCAUAAAACUCCCACAGCUCAGGCGGGCACGCGCACGCCGCUGUCUACGUCGCGGCGAACGAGGCCGCACUGCUUCGUCCAGGGGGCGGGGCUGUCAGCGCACAAGGUGCGGAGACUAUAAGCGGAAAGUUAAUUUAUGAGUGCGAGGUCAUCCCUGUCGUACACAAAUGAAGAAAGACUUCUGCUGGAGGGAAUGGCCGCCUCCUCAUCCUCAUCCUCAGCCGGUGGGGUCAGUGGAAGUUCUGUCACCGGAUCUGGUUUCAGUGUGUCCGACCUUGCCCCGCCACGGAAAGCUCUGUUCACCUACCCAAAAGGAGCUGGAGAGAUGUUAGAAGAUGGCUCCGAGCGGUUCCUCUGUGAGUCGGUGUUUAGCUAUCAAGUGGCGUCCACGCUUAAACAGGUAAAGCACGAUCAGCAAGUGGCUCGGAUGGAAAAGCUGGCUGGUUUGGUGGACGAGCUGGAGGCUGACGAGUGGCGGUUCAAACCCAUCGAGCAGCUGCUGGGCUUCACCCCCGCCUCAAGCUGAAGCCGCCUGCAUGAGCAACCACCCUUAGGGCCCAGCCACCAGAGCGCCACGGCCGUACUGUGAGCUGAUAUCUGAACUCAGAUCCAUACUCCUCCGUUCCUCGGUUUCUGCUAAGAGGCAACAAGGGCUCAUGUGAGAUGUUGCAGAGAUGUUCUUCACAUUCAUGCUCUUAAAAGUAUUGGGCAACACUUAGGAAGCAGAGGCAGGGGGAUCUCUGUGAGUUUGAGGCUAGCCUGAUCCACAUAGAGUUCCAGGUCAGCCAAGGCUAUGUAGAAAGACCCUGUCUCAAAAAAUAAAAAGAAAUAUUGGGGAUCAGAAGAAGACAAUCCUUUCAGAGGAGCAGAAGGGUUGGGAUUUAGGAAACGUUUAGCCUCACAAGCCAAGUGGACAUAUGCCAGAGUCGGCCAACUGAAUGGCGUGCAUCCUGUCUUUCAGUGAGUAUCUGGAGGCUUUCACCAGCCAAGCCCAAGUCAGCAUCUGUCAUUUCAGGGUCACAGCCCAAACAUUUCUUUUCACACAUGAAUGUGAUUUCAGCUCAGGGUCCAUCCAGAUGGGAAUUUUAAAGUGUUCUUUUCUUCUCUAUUCUUAGACAUUUAAUAUUACAGAUUAUUUUUCUCACCUCUUAUGAUAUGCCAAAUGGUGCUACUCUACCCCAUCUCUGCCCCCCAAAGUUGCUUUUUGAAUGUUGCAGCACUUGAAAAUAUGAGGUGACCCAAAUCCUUUUGGACCUAGAAGUCCUGGUUCAGCUCACAGGGCAUGAAAAGCAAUUCUGUAGCAAAUAAACCCUUCCACGAGUUGCA